CAAAGCACAAUAUAGCUACAAGACAAACGUAAUCACGGGAUCGGUGGAAGGCGUUUUCAGGACAAAAACUUCAGCAAAGCCAACCUUGCACAUGAAAAAUGUCUUCUUGGAAUUCAGUCCCACUUCAUGUGUCGUACGAAGUUUUGGGUUGGCUCACCUUUUGUUGCUGGUCUAUCAGUUUUUACCCACAAGUUAUCAUGAAUUAUCGCAGGAAAAGUGUUGUUGGAUUGAACUUUGAUUUUGUGCUGUUGAAUCUCACUAAGCACUCAUCCUAUCUGUUCUACAAUGCAUCUCUGUACUUCAGCCCAACUGUUCAGAAGCAAUACAGAAAUAAAUUUGGUCAAAAAGAGAUGAUACCUGUAGCAGCAAAUGAUGUUGCUUUCUCAUCUCAUGCUGUUCUGCUCACUGCAAUUUCCUUGUUCCAGAUUGCUAUCUAUGAUCGUGGAAAUCAAAAGGUGUCAAAAAUAGCUUGGGCAAUUGUGUCUGCUGCUUGGUUAGUUGCUGCUGUAUGCUUCUUCAUAACUCUGUUCACACACCAUUGGCUCUGGCUUCUCUAUGUAUUCAAUAUCAUUCAAGUUUGUAUGACAUGCGUAAAAUAUAUUCCCCAGGCUGUGAUGAACUACAGGAGAAAAAGUACAACAGGCUGGAGCAUUGGUAACAUUCUACUGGAUUUUUCUGGAAGUGUUGGAAACUAUACACAAAUGGUUAUGCAAUCAAUAGAUCAAGGUUCUCUGACAAACUUCUAUGGGAAUAUAGGAAAACUGUUGUUAUCUCUGGUUUCUGUAUUCUUUGACAUUCUGUUCAUAAUCCAGCAUUAUGUGUUAUAUCGGCACAAAAAAGGCCCAAACUCAAAGGCCCCUCUGGAAGCUGAGAUGGCCAAGUCUGCUACUGAUAGACCAGUGGCACAGAAUGUUUAAGAUUUUGUGGUGGUUCAUAAGUUCAGAAUGGUUUGUAUGUUGUAAUAAAUUUGUUUUAA